ACUUCUUUUAUGUUUUAAUACACUAAUUAAACCUAAUAUUACACCUAUUAUUAUUAUACCUAUUGCUUUACCUAUUUUGAUUGAAUUAUGUCUGUUAUCGAGUUAUGUGUCGGAGGACAGAAGUUCACAACGACGAAAACUACUCUUUUAAAGAAUGUGUGCCUUUUCCAAAAAAUGGCUGAAAUUAAGAAUCACAAUUCUACGAUGUGUAUGUUCAUCGACCGAUCACCUGCCCAUUUUGAUAGUAUUUUAAAUUUUAUGAGAGACGGGGAAAUAGAUUUCCCGGAUGCAAUUCUAGAAUGCCGUCGACUGAGGAGAGAAGCGGUCUAUUACGAGUUAGAGGAACUUGUGAAGAAUUGUGAUGUUGAAAUUGCGAAACGGGAGGCAAAUAUCAAUGCGAAAAAUAGUGAAGAUACCAAUUCACCCGCUGCUUCCCAACGUUUGGAUACUCUCUCUGCUUCAGAUCAACCAGUCAUCACAGAGGUACCAGAAACUCCCCGUCUUCCUGGUAAUGGAUCACUGUCUCUACUGGAGAUUCGAGAUGCGCCGAGCAAUGAGUCGAUCGGAAAUCAGAUGAGAACGCCGGAAAUUGGCAACACUGUUACAACUGAAAAAGUUUAACCUCUAAAAACUACUCAAUGAAUUCUCAAA